CCCCCAGAAGGUGAUGGCUGGGGAGCCCCAGCGUCCCCGAGUCGGGUAUCAAAUUAUAAUUCAAUUUACGAAAAGACAAGCGACCACCGUGGUGGCCGCUAAACACAUUCCUAGCCAGUUGUCGGCCGGCGGGAUUGGCCCAUAAAUUGUCCAAAUUAAUUCAUAGUGGCACCAAUGGCGACACCUACUCGUUGUCACCGUUACACCUCGACCAUCUCCAUCUCCAGAGCCCGACGCCCCACUCCUGCGCCCUGCCCCCUCCUCGGCGGCUCCGCCAACCGGAAUGGAAACGGGCAAUCGGCAUGGGAGAGUGUUUACUUGCGGACGACACCCGGCCACGACCAGUUCAAAGUUACCCGAUCCAAUUGUGUUCUCCGGGAGGAGAUAUAGAUAUGGCGAUGGUAAUGGAACUGCGAGCUGCGGAGACGAGCAGAUGGGCCGGAUGGGGACGCGACGGGGCCAUCAAGGUGGUCCAUUGGUGGGACCAACAGCAGUGCCUCCUCAUUUUCGGUUUUGUUCUUGUUCUCCAGCGCCUAGAACAGGUUUCUUCUGCUCUCCCCGGCGGAUCGCCGGAUCGCCGGCCUUUGCGGAUUCCGAUUCGAACCCUCGGAUCCAGCCAAUCGCUCGCCGCUCGCGCUGUUAAUUUCCAACAAUUUUACAGCUAGUUAUACAAAUGCCCGGCUGUUUCUUUUCGUUUGGAAAGUCGCUGGCCCGAGGCGGGCAUAAUGCCGAUUCGGCUGGAUGAUCUCAUGGCCGCGGCCCGAAGAGGCGGGACAAUGGGAGCGCUCAGAGUUGCCAAAGUACGAUUUAUGCUGCCCGGUAUCUAAGUAAAGUCUUCCCGAUCUGGGGUGCUCCGGCCUACUAACGACUAGCCAGGGAAAUGUGAGGAAAUGAAUGAAAUGUAGGUUCAUUUUCAAAAUAU